CCUGCCGCAUAUUUCCCAGAGCAGUGCCUCUAAUUCCUGUGACAAUAUGACAGUUAUUCGUAUAAUAAGAUUGCGUGUAGCGGCAUUUGCAAGCUCCGCCCCCAUCGCCAACCCCUGUGAUUCUUCAUUCUGGGGGCCAGACAGACACAACACAUUAGUUUAAUGGUUUUUGUGUGUGUGUGUGUGUGUGUGUGUGAGGGAGCAUCCCAUUACUCAUGAGCAGCACAAAAAGGUGUGUCCACUCCUACUAAAUCACAUGCUUCAACUGAGAAAGGCCAGGAGGUGAACUCAGGGUGACUUGUAUUACUCUUUUAAGUUGUAGAAGUGCAGUUUUUGUGUUGCUUGAGUUCCCUUACAUCAGGGAAAACCCUCUUCUGAGCACUUGCUGGUCUCACCAUGUGUCAAAUUUACCAUGGGACUGUCAGGAAUUUCAUACAUUGCUUCCAAAACAGCUAGAGAGCAGGAGGACCGGAGAGAUUGAGGCUCUGUGUGUAUGUGUGUGCCUGACACAAAUCUGGCCGGCAUACAGGACUCUCAAUUUCAACCAGCUCUGUGCCAAAAGGACACCUCUGGGACAUAGAUGCACUUUUUGGAGUCUUUUCUCCCAGGUUGUCAUUUAGUUGAAGCUGGUUGGCUGUGUGUGUAAGAUGUGUGGGGGUUACGGCUGCAUGCUGUGGUGCAGUGAUCGAGGAAAUACCUAAGAGGAGAGCCCUGUAGAAACAGAUAGGAUUAUGUUCUGGAGGACGAUAGCGGCCACCUUUCACUUGUGGUUCUGGAUGGUGAGUUUGGGCCCUGCUAGAGCUUCAGGACCUGCUGAAGGAGCAUUAUGCUGGGGUGGACGACCCUGGGCUGCUGGGAACUUCAGCUGUGUGGAUCCUGAGCCUUAUCUGUUACUUGGCCUUGGAAAUGGCAUCCAGAGGAUGAACCUUGAUGGUGGGGACCAGAGAAGGAUCGCAUCUAGGGUGGGAAGGUCUAUCUUGUUAGACUUCCAUUUAAGUGAGGGGACAAUGUUUUGGGCUGACACACAUGCAGGACAAAUCAACAGGGCAGGACUGGAUGGAACAGGCAGACAGAAACUUCUCUUAUCAGUGAAAAGAAUCACAGGUCUGGCUGUGAACUGGAUUGAAAACUCAGUCCUCUGGAGCAAUGCAGAUAAAGGAACGAUACACAGAAUGGACACAGAUGGGAGGAAUGAAAAGACUGUCUUGAGAGACCUUUCUCAGCCCAAAAGUGUUGUUGUUGAUCCAAAUGAGAGAUAUAUUUUCUGGUUGUCAGAUGGGGUGACUCCCAGUAUCCAGCGUUCAGACGUGACAGGUGGGAAGAAGGCAACAGUGCUGAAAGUUGCAGACAGACUGAAGGUUCUGGCUAUAGACCACCGGGACAGGAGACUGUUCUGGGUUCAGCAAGGCCAAGGAGGGCUGACGGCAAUGGGCUCCUGCAACUACGAUGGCAACAUUAUCAACGUCUUUAAUCACCCCUUUAGACCACAGGCUCUGAGGAUGACGAUUUUCCUGGAUUAUGUGUACCUAACAGACUUUAAGUCAAAAAGAAUAACACGAGUAAACAAGUACACAGGGGGCCGAGGGGAGAACGUCAAUUCCAAAAGGAUGCCGCACCCCCCUGCUGAUGUCAAAGUGGUACAUCCCAUCAAUCAGCCAGUGGUGGAAGUUCCAACUCCAUUUAAUCCAGGCUGCAAUCGACACACAGGAGAGUGUGUGAAAGUGUGUUCCAGUCGCAGUGACACGGGUCCUUGCCGCUGCAGGGAUGGUUUUUCCCUCAGUAAACAAGGCAACUACUGUGAAGAUAUCAAUGAAUGCGCCCUGUGGAAUCACGGCUGCUCACUGGGAUGUGAGAAUGUUCCGGGCUCUUACUUCUGCACCUGCCCUAAGGGUUAUGUGUUGCUGCCCGAUUUGAAGACCUGCCAAGAGACUAAACCAUGUGUGGAGAAUGGUACAGUUUGUGAUCAUGCAUGUGUACACACAGCAGAAGGAGAUGUGUGUGUCUGUCCAGAGGAUUCUGUGCUAAAUUCUGAUGGCCAUUCAUGCACAGGCUGUUUGUCUGCGGAUCGGGGGGGCUGCAGUCAGUUGUGUGUGACUUUAUUUCCAGGCAGGUGGGUGUGUGAGUGCCAGCCUGGAUACCAACUACAGCCCGAUGGUAAACACUGUGCUGCCACAGGACCUCCAUCGUACCUGUUGUUUGCCAAUGUAGUGGAUAUAAGAAAGAUUAACACAAAUGGCAAACAGAGCAGAAAACUGCUGGAGGAACCGAGAGGCACUAUCAUUGCUGUGGAUUAUGAUCCAGUGCAGAAAAGGGUGUAUUUUGCAGAAAAAGGCCUGAAGCGUAUUGAGAGGGCUUCACUGGAUGGAGGCUUCAGAGAGAUGCUGUUCUCCACUGGUCUCGACUCACCUGAGGGUCUGGCUGUAGACUGGGUCCAUCGCAAGCUGUACUGGACUGAUAGAGGAUUAUCCUCUAUUUCCCGCAGCAGUUUAAAUGGCCUUGACAGGGAGAUUUUUAUAGAUAAAGACAUCCAGAAACCCAGAGGCAUUGCCCUACAUCCUCAGGCACAGAAGGUAUAUUGGACAGACAUGGGUAGUCGUCCUGCAGUGGAGCGGUCGGGUCUGAACAGAGAGAUGCGUGAAGUUGUGGUCAGCACCAGUCUGGUGUCUCCUAGUGGAGUAACUGUGGAUCACGGCUCCCAGCGUCUGUACUGGUGUGACCUGAGCAGAGGUGUGAUUGAGUCGGCCAAGCUGGACGGUUCAAAUCGCCAUAUACUAAGUGAAAACCAAGUAGGUCACCCGUUUGACGUUGCAGUAUUUGAGAAUGUACUCUGGGUCAGUGACUGGGAGGAUCACCUGCUUCACCGGCUAGACAUGAGAACUGGACGAAACCUUGAACAUGUCCAUGAUGACACUAUGCAACCAGCUUCUCUGGCUGUUGUCCACCCUCUUGCCAAACCGGGAGCAGAUGUUUGUCUUCAUGAAAACGGAGGAUGUGCCCAAGUGUGUGAGAGCAGACUGGGAUUGGCUCAUUGCUCAUGUCACUCAACACACGUUCUUUCAGCUGAUGGAAAAGACUGUCUGUCGAUUAAUACAUCAUUCCCUGAAUCAGAUGAUGGUGAAUCAAGUGAUCGUCUGAGAAAUAAAACACUGAAUGAUGAGAGCACACCGCUGGCCAUGCUUUACACAGAGAAGAUGAUUUCAGACCAGGAUGACUGCUACUCUCUCAGAUGUGAUGUGAACGCUCAGUGUGUGCUGCGGGAGGGCCGAGCCGUGUGUCAGUGUGUGAGAGGUUUCACCGGAGAUGGAGAACUGUGUGUGGACGUUGAUGAAUGCAAAGCAGGCCUGGCAGAUUGUAGUGUUUCUGAGGCUGAGUGUAUGAACACAGCAGGUGGAUAUUUCUGCCAAUGCAAGACUGGAUUCAGUGGAGAUGGUCAGCACUGUAUGGAUAUAGAUGAGUGCAGACUGAAUAUGCACGACUGCGAUGUAAACGCAGAGUGUUUGAAUGCUGUAGGAAAAUAUCAGUGUAGAUGCCGAUCUGGGUUCACAGGAACUGGAUUCAGCUGUCAGGAGAAGUCUAAGGGCGCCCCCUCUUGGCUGAGUACGGGUAGUCCACUUGAUGUCACAUCCCCAUGGCAACACAAUAAUGUUGUGCAGAGCUGCCCUUCCACUCAUGACUCCUACUGUCUGUCUGAUGGAGUGUGCUUCUAUUUCCCUGAGAUGGAGUCUUAUGCCUGCAACUGUGCAUUAGGCUACAUGGGGGAGCGCUGUCAGUUCAGUGAUCUUGAAUGGUGGGAGUUGCAGCAGGCUGAAGAAGAGAAGAGGAGGAAUAUGGCUAUCGCAAUGUGUAUUGUGCUCUUCAUCACUCUUCUGUCCAUCGCUGCCUGCAUCACUUACUGCUAUGGGUCUAAAAGACAUUUUGCAACAUGUCCCUCAGAGGACGAUGUGGGUGACAUAAGCAUGAGUGAGGACAGUUUCACUGAGACAACAACAACCACUCCACAAGUCUAUGUGGUUUUGGACACCUCUCCUUGCGGUGAUGAAAAGGUCCUUCAUGUUGUAGGGUGUCCCAGAGCAACAAUAUGCCCCUCUUGCUCUUCAGAUGCCGGAGGCAUUUUUGCUUCAGAAGAGACUGUGAAGCUACAGAGAGACAACAGUAGUCUGGAUGUUGCCAUUUGCUCUGUAUCCUGUGAUGUGCACACAUUUCUGGUUACAGAGAAGGCCACUGAUAAUCUCAUCUCCUUAGAAGACCCUCAGGCAGCACCCCAGUGAUUCACCACAAAAAUACUUCAUUGGAGGCUGACCCAUGAACUGCUAAUGUCAAUAUGUUCAAUGUUCAAAGUCACUGUCAUUCAGUGUUACAGUACAGCCAAAUGUGGGACUGCAUUCAAAACGAGGUUGUUUGAACAAGUUUCCACAUUCGGGUUGCACCAGUUAUUUGUCAACAUUUCAUACAAAUCACGUGAAAUGUUACUCCUGGUCAGAUAUAAAUAUGCCAGUCAUGCUCACAUCAGCUGAUCCAUGUCUAGCUAUAGGAAUACAAAGUCUAUCACAGCAUCCCAAUACAGUAUAAGGUCCAUUCAGUAUUAUAAGCAGCUUUAUCAUGUUGCUCAGGAGCUAAUUAUUCUCCUCUCAACCAGUCAGGACUUGACCUUCUGAUAUUCCUCUUCGAAUCAGAUUGUCAUUUAUCUUGAUUUAUGUCGUUACAUUAAAUUAUUGUCAUUAAGAACUUUAAUGAUAUCUGCAAUACAUGGUAGGCUGCAUGGAUGCGCAGGGAGUUCUUGCCCAGAACAGAACCAUACCGCCAAUCCAAACUGUAUGCUAAUUGUAAAUAAUUUUGGAUGAUAGUAAUCCUGACAGAAAAGUAGGUCACUAUCCGGUCACUAUUUGAAGUAAGGAGAUGAGCCAUGCAAAAAUAGUGCACAUCCCUCAUAUGGUUUUAUGCAAUAUAUAAGAGCUAUAGGAUGUGUUGAGACAGUCUAAAGAGGUCAUCUAAAGAGAGUCCUGUUCAUCUGAAGAAGGUUGAAGAUUGUCGUCGCCAUAAGCCACAUUAGAUGCAGAAUCCAAAACCUAUAAAUAGAGCUAUAGUAUGCAAUACAUCACCUCAGAGCAUAUUGAGUAGGAUCUUAUAUUGAACUUUGUAUUAUAGUUAUGAAAACUGUCAUUGUUUUAUUAAUGGAGCAUGAAAACGAGAGACACAUCCUGCUUUGUGAGCAGAAAAUAACAUGUACUUGGCCUAUUUUGCUUUAGGUGUUACAGAACAACAUUUCAGCGGCAUAUCCGACUUGCUAACAUCAGCAUUGGUCUCACAAAGAUAUUACUUGAUGAAACACAUCUACGAUAAACCAACAAUAAAAAAUCUCAGGUAUCAAAACAUUACUAAAUAGAUUACAUUUGCUAUCAAAAAGAUAAAAACAGAUUUCAAAACGUGAUAUUUAAGAGAAUUAAAGUCUCAAAUUAGUGAAAGAAUCAUGCUUAAAUUAUGCAAGAAAAGGAAAGUAUAGUAGGUAGUGAAAUUUCUCACAAGUCAUGGGAAAUUAAAAGCAGUAUUUUUGCAGCAAGUUAUAUGUAUAUGUAUAUAUAUAUAUAUAUAUAUAUAUAUAUAUAUAUAUAUAUAACACACAAACACACACACACAAUGUAUAUUCUGGUUAUAAGGUUUUAACGUUUUAACCUACAUCUGCUGUUUUGAGCAAAAAGGCUAGAACAAAGACAUUGAAGGAUAAAUAAAUUAGACCAGAAAGUACAAUAUCCGACCUAAUGCCUUUUGUUCUCUCUCCAUUUUUUCAUCUUAUUUUUUAUUGUUAUUGAUGUUAUGUUGGAUAUACAUAUUUAUAACCAAACUGUAAGAUAUAGACAUGUAAACAUCCCAGAAUAAACGAAUGAAGCUCCUGCA